AUGACAAAAUCAGCGCUCAAACGCAAGUCCGAAGGUACGUUGCUCCUCUUGUGCAGAUUAAGCGACUCGAGUAAUCCCUCUUCUAACUACCAAAAGGAGUCGCGCCUACUGGCAAGUCAAAGCAGCGAAAGCCAUCACCACCGCCAGCUCAGAAGGAAGCACUGGAGAUAGACGAUACGCGCAACUCUGGCGGUGAGCACAACGAUGCUUUAUUCGUCGAGGAUAAUGCGCCAAUGAUUCGACAUGUCAAGAAGAGCAAGACUCGAAAGUCAGAGCCCGCGCGCACCCACAGAACCGACGAGUACGAAGAGGAUGAGGGGAGGGCAGAGUCGCAGUACGUGUCAAAAUUCUCGAGUAGGACUCUAUUCUUGGAUACACUGCUAACAUCCCCUUUUCAGUCAAUUUCUCGCUCUCGUAGAGUACGAAAGCAAAAAGAAGAAGGCGGCUUCGAAAGCUUCUGCAUCUUACCUUGACAAGUUCAAUCAGCAACUGAAAGAUGACGACCAGAAACUUAAGAAACAGCUCCACGUAUUCAAUGAGGAAUGGUAAGUUUCUUAGAUGUUCGGCAACGUGCCUCUAGCUGAUCCUUCGCAGCUCCAAACUUGACGGAAAUUUUGCCGACGACUUCCGUGAAGCAUUCAUCGCCUCCCGCCCUAGUGAAUCGCAAGCCGACGAAUCCGAAGAAGCCACUUCAGCUCCUGAUGGUCACUUCUGCAAGAAAUACGAUGAAAGUCGAGUCAUCACGCAAAGUGCGAAGACGAUGCUUGAAACAUUCGAAAAGGACUCCAAGUUGUCAGAAACGGUAGACCUACCAUUGCAAAGCUCAUGGGAAGAUCAAAACGCCAGGGCAGCAAAAAUAUUGAAGAUUGGACAGAAAGUUGGGUUGGAGAAGCACAAAAGCCUUAUGGUCCAGACCAAGGUCGAAGAAGAAUUCACCAUCGAGGAGGAGAGUAUUCCAGCGGUGGAGGAAAUAUACGAGGGUCUUGGCCAGGCAUAUGUCGGUUGGGGAAGAAUUGCAAAGAGGCAGGACAGAGGUCUUCGAAAGAUUUCCAAGGCCUUUGAUUUGGGUGCCGCUUCUCGAAUGGGAAGGCUGUUUGAUGCAGCAGACUGAAGAUGGAAUGUGAUAUCAUGUUGAUCAGUGGUUGCCUUGUGGGGGUCUUCAACUUGGUGAUAGCUUGCCGGAGGGUUUGCUGGUGGAAGAAUUAUCUUUGCUGAUUGGAGCUUUUCUGAACGUAGGAUUGAGG